ACCACGGCAGAAAAUUUUGAACAAACUCAAGUGAUUCCCAUUUCCAAGAUGAAUGCUAGUAUGUGCCAUGGUAUGGUCCGGUUGAAUAUCACCCGCUGACAAUUCAGUUUGAUGUCAGCACUCAGCACCAAUAUUAUAAGUCGAGCCGUGUAAACGUGUAAGAAGACAAGACAACCUCACUCUUUAUUCGCCAUUUCGAAUUCACACACACACUUCCUCUCUUUCCCUUCGUUUCUUCACGAAUUUCUUGAUUUCGAAGGAAAAAUAAAAAAAAAUCAAAAUCUCAAUCCAAAACCUAGAAUGUCUUCCUCUCCAGAAGAAUCUUCUCCUACUAUUGAUGAUGUUGAUUCAUUCAGAAAAGGCGUCAAACAAAGAUUUAGUGAUAAAUCAAAGAAAGUUGCUCAAACGAAAGAGAUGUUAUCAAAACAAGCUGUACAAACCAAAGAGAUUUUAUCAAAACAGGCUGUUAAAAUUGCUAAACAGGCUGAGGAACAUGAAAGAUUCAUCAAUAAGGUUACACAUUUAGUGGGAGUUCUUGCUUUUGGAGCAUUUUGUUUUCUAUUGGGAUCAAGACCUCAGGACAUUCCGUAUGUAUACUGUUUUUUCUAUUUCACGUUUGUUCCGAUGAGAUGGAUAUACUAUCGGUUCAAGAAAUGGCAUUAUUAUCUCCUGGAUUUCUGCUACUACGCCAAUACCAUUUUCCUGGUUAUGUUAAUCUUUUAUCCUAAAAAUGAAAAGCUAUUCAUGGUUUGCUUCUCAUUCGCAGAGGGACCAUUAGCGUGGGCAUUAAUUGUUUGGCGUUGCAGUCUGGUCUUCAGCUCUCUUGAUAAAAUUGUCAGCGUCUUAAUACAUCUUUUACCUGGGAUUGUUUACUUCACUAUUCGGUGGUGGGAUCCAGCAACCUUUGAAGCUAUGCAUCCGGAGGGAAGCAUGAGUCAAAGAGCUUCAUGGCCAUAUGUGGAAGACAAGUCAUACCUCUGGACUUGGCUAUUUGUUGUUCCAUUGGUUGCGUACACCUUAUGGCAGAUUCUCUAUUUUCUUAUUGUCAAUGUUCUGCGUCGUCAAAGGCUUUUAAGGGAUCCAGAAGUAAUGACAUCCUACAGAGAACUAUCGAAGAAAGCACAAAAAGCAAAUAAUAUGUGGUGGCGUUUAAGUGGAGUUCUAGGUGAUCAGAAUCGUAUGCUCAUGUAUAUUCUGUUCCAAGCUGCAUUCACAGUUGCCACAAUGGCUUUAACUGUGCCAAUAUUUCUGUCCUACGAAUUGCAUGUAAUUUUCCAAAUACUCAAAGUCUCUGCAUCUAUAUGGAACGGAGGAAGCUUUUUGCUGGAAGUGAUGCCUAGGCAAGUCAUAAUGAAGGAGAAGAAGAAACUUGAGAUGCAGCCUUUACCAGUCCAACCUGAUCAGCCUACAGUCUCAACAGAAAUUCCCACUGAAACUAAUGGCUUCACAGAGUCCGACAGCCAGUCGGAACAGCCUUGUACAAAAGAAAAUGACUCAUAAAAUUUCUGUUUUAGCUAUUGCUAGAAAAGUUUAGUUAGUAAACCUAUGACUGUUGAAACCUGAUAUCUUGGGAUUUAGAAUUUUGAGGUGUGGAAAGUUUAGUUUUGAACUCGAGCUACCCGUUGUAUGUUUAUGCAACAUAUGUAGCGUGUAUGCUUUUCAUAAGUUUCUGUUGGUGCAGAUGGCCAAGUUUUCUUGUAUAAUAAUGACCAAGGAUGUGAUUUUUAGUGCUACUUACGGGCCAA